AAAUCACAUUCUCUUUGGCAUUGAAUCAUUUUCUUCUGCAAUCGGGAGGAGAUUGGACAGAGGACAAAUCCGAACAGGAAAACUUUGAGUCCGUUUUAUUUAAGUUAUUCAAUAUGCAAGGAUUAAGCCUCAAGAGUUUGAAGCAUCACAUUGCGCUGAUGCCCCUGUUUGCCUGUGUGGCUCUGGGUGCUGUGGGCUCUGUCGUGUACCUGGCUCGCCUGGGAAUUAAGAACCCUGAGGUCUCCUGGGCCCGCAAGAGCAAGCCCGAGCCCUGGGAGGACUACAGGAGCAAGCAGUACAAGUUCUACUCUCCCAAUAUUGACUACUCCAAGUUGGAGAGCCCAGCUCCCAAGUACUAAACAACUUCUACGAUAGUGCUUCUGAGAUCUUCAAUACCAAGCUAUCUUUAUCAGAUCGGCCGAAUCCAGUAUCAGGCUGUUUUUUUGUUACAUAGUUAUUAUAAUAAUGUGAUAAUAAAUAUUGUAUUCUAAUCCUA